GCAUUGUGAACUAAACACAACACACACAUACCACACCAUUAUCUCUGUCUCAACAAUGGCUUCCUCUUUUGUCAUCCAUUUCUUCCUCCUCUCAAUAGCCCUUUCUCCACUUUCCAUCUUAGCUUCAUCUCAUGCUCCAAACACCAAACCACACCCCUUUACCCUCCCCAUUAAGAAAGACCCUUCGACCAAUCUCUUCUACACUUCACUUGGCAUAGGAACCCCUAGGCACAACUUCGAUCUAGCCAUUGAUCUUGCAGGAGAAAACCUAUGGUACGAUUGUGACACUCAUUACAACUCAUCAUCCUACACCCCUAUCCCUUGUGGCUCAAAGUCAUGCCCCGAUGUUGGAUGCGUUGGUUGCAAUGGCCCCUUCAAACCAGGUUGCACAAACAACACAUGUCCAAGUUACGCAAUCAACCCUUUAGCCAAGUCCAUCUUUGGUAGUGGCCUAGGUGAGGAUUUCACAUUCAUUUCUAAAAACCAAGUCCCUCGCUUGCUUUCUGGCUGCAUUGAAAUCGAUGGAUUCACAUCACUCACCAACGAUGAGUCACCUCUAUAUGGCUUACCCCAAAACACCAAAGGAAUCAUAGGCCUUGCAAGGUCACAACUUGUGUUACCAAUUCAGCUUGCCAAUGCAAACAAGGUUCCCACCAAGUUUUCUCUUUGUUUGCCUUCUUCAAACAAACAAGGUUUCACCAACUUGCUCCUUGGAGAAUUGCAUCCUCAAGGAGUGUCUAAAUUUCUCCAAACCACUCCUCUUAUUGUGAACCCCGUUUCCACUGGUGCUAUAUCUGUGAAGGGUGUUCCUUCCAAGGAGUACUUCAUCGAUGUGAAAGCAGUUAAGAUUGAUGGCCAUGUUGUGAACUUGAAACCUUCCCUUUUGUCUAUUGACAACAAGGGAAAUGGUGGCACCAAAAUCAGCACCAUGAGUCCCUACACUGAGUUGCAAACCUCAGUGUACAAGCCCUUCCUUCGAGAUUUCCUCAAGAAGGCUUCGGAUAGAAAGUUGAAGAAAGUAGCAUCAGUGGCUCCAUUUGAGGCAUGUUAUGAUUCGACCACCAUUGGGAAUUCUGUGAGUGGACUUGUUGUGCCAACUAUUGAUCUAGUUCUUCAAGGGGGACUGCAGUGGACUAUUCAUGGAGCAAAUUCCAUGGUCAUGGUGAAGAAAAAUGUUGCAUGUCUUGCAUUUGUUGAUGGAGGGACAGAGCCUAGAAUGUCGUUUGUGAAAGCUUCGAUUGUAAUCGGUGGAUAUCAGUUGCAGGAUAAUCUUUUGGUGUUUGAUUUGGCUUCAUCAAAAUUAAGCUUCAGCUCUUCGCUUUUGCAACACAAUGCCACGUGUUCUCACCCUUGAGUGUCAUAGACUUAUGACCCGUUGAAGUUAGCCACGUUGAAUAAUGGAUAGCUUCUAGUAUAUCUUUAGAUUUUUAUGAUAAUAAUAAGAUAAUCAAUAAGGUUUGCUUUGUUGUAAACAGAAGACACUUUGAUGGUGAAUGAUGCAAGAGUUCAAUCAAUUCAUA